AUGGAUUGGAUUUAUUGCCAACGUUUUUUACCCUUUGUUUGCUUGCUCGCAAUAUCACUAUCAAUACAGCAGGAUGAACCUCUGAAAGUCAAAAUCAACACGAAAGAUGAUUUCUGUUUGGUCGUUCCUAAGGCCCCUUACACCAAGAUUGUGGACUCUGAAAAGCCAGGGGGUCAGGCCGUCUGGUGUCAAAGUCCCAGUGCAAAAACCUCUCCUUCUGCUGGAAUCUUCAAUAGCCCAUUUUGGUCCGAUGUUGAAAUUUCUCGGCCCAAGGCUGGAGUUAUCCAGAUGACCGGAUGCAUCGAUGUCAACAGUUCUAAUCGACUCAAGCCGAAUGAUGAUGGUGGUCGAUAUUACUCAGACGGUCGGAGCGGUGGCCAAGGGAACCCCGCCAACAGCUUCUGCGAUCCCUACCGUGCGUAUGUGGAAUUGAUUGAACCCUUGGCCAAGCGGGCUUGUAUUCGGUGUUGCCAAAACUCAGCUAUGUCUAUUCCAACUUCUAACCCUGAGAGCUCUUCUUCUAAGGCCACCCAAAAACCACGUGGAUUCCUUUUUGAUGAAAGUAAUUACAAAACCAAAGAUUUAACAGGCUUGGACAGGCUUGGACAGGAAAACUAUGACUUCGACUAUUAUCUGAAUUUCAUUCUAAUCAACGUCCGUGAAACUGAUCACUCAAUUGUCAUUGAAUACGUCCCAGCAAAAAUGAAUGUGAUAUGCCAACAUUUCCUACUUCUUGUUUUUUUCCUCGCAACAUCUCAAUCAAUACAGCAGGAUGAAGCUUUGCAAGUCAAAAUCAAUUCGAGGGAUGAUUUCUGCUUGGUCGUUCCAAAGGAACCGUUCACCACAAUUGGGGACUCCGAAAAGCCUGGCGGUGAAGCAGUCUGGUGCCAAAAUCCCGAUCGCAAAACCUCUCCUUCCGCCGGAGUCUUCAAUGGCCCUUUUUGGACGGAUGUUGAAGUUUCACGGCCAAAGGAUGGAGUCAUCCAGAUGACGGGAUGCAUCAAUGUCAACAGCUGCGAUCGACUCAGGCCAGACGACGACGGUGGUCAAUACGACUCAAACGGUGGGGAGGGCGGCCGGGGUAACCCUGCUAACAGCUUCUGCUCCCCAUACCAUGCCUAUGUUCAAUUGAUUGAACCCUCGGCCAAGCGGGCUUGCAUUCGAUGUUGUCAGAACCCCUUCGACUGCGAUCUUUCAAACGAUGUUCGUGGCUGCCCGGUCGUUAUUCCAGGGAAAUACUUCACUUGUGCUUGA